AUGAACAAAGAUGUAGCAUCCAGGUGGCCGAUCGCAAGUUGGCUUCGCCGACGUGUGAUUCAUCCGAUAAGAUCAGAAGCAGAUGACCCCUGGCACAGUUUGGGUAGUUCUUAUGUUGAGCACCAUUUGACGUUGGCGCAAGUUCGCGACGUCUAUUCAGAUUCUUUUAUUGAUGCCGACUUCCCGGAGCGUAGCAGUGGCCUAUCGUCUAUUGAGGCCAGAAAACGACUUCAAGAUGGUGGAGCCAAUGUGAUUGAACCACCAAAACAGAUAGGCAACUUCAAACUCUUUGCUAGACAGUUCCUCUAUAAAUUUUGGCUUCUAUUGAUUGGUGCGGCCAUCCUAAGUAUUGCAACCUACCUCAUUCAUUUGGCUCAUGGUAACAAUGAGCCACUGAAUCUUUAUUGUACGGCCAUUCUUAUCGCUAUUGUUUUCAUUAUGUCGUUUAUGUCGUUCUAUCAGGAGAAAAAAGCUCGUAAGGUUGUCAGUGAUUUUGAGCUUCUGCUACCAGCUUCGUGUGUUGUGAUAAGGGACGGCGAAGAGCUUCCGAUACCACCUGAGCAGUUGGUGGUUGGCGAUUUGGUGAUGAUCACCGCUGGUGCGGGCAUUCCAGCUGACCUUCGCAUUCUACAAUCAAUCAGUCUUAAAAUUGAAACAUCUGCUAUCACAGCGAAUGUACCGCAAGGAUUACCCGCAAUGGUAAUGUCACAAUUGGCCAUAAUAGCUAGACGAAUGGCCAAAAAGAACGUCUUCAUAAAGAAGUUGGAUGUGAUCGAUGAACUGGGUGCAGCGACAGUAAUUGCAACUGAUAAAACCGGCACAAUCACGCAAAAUUUGAUGGUUUUGACUGAUAUUUGGUACAAUCGUAGACAUUAUACUGGCCACAGAGAUGUAACACAAUUGACAGUGAUGAAGAGUACAUCGAGUUGCGAUGAACUGGAACGUCCUCUUCCUGAUAUUCUCACCGUAAUGAGCGUUUGCAAUCGUGCACACUUCGAGCGAUGCCGUAAAUCCAUGCGUCGUGUGUGGACGCAGCGUGCCCUUCAAAGGGCAGCUAAUGGACGUUCACAUUUCGUCAAUCUCACUAAAACAUUCACUGUCAUUGAUGCUGAAACAGGACGUGAAUCGAUUAGGACUGGCACAAUGGACAUGAAUUCGAAUGUGGAAGUGGAUAAUGUGGACGGUGAGGCUACCUACCCAAGAGAUGAAGAUUCUUGGGAAAGAAACGAUAUUACUGGUACACCAUCAGACGUUGCGUUGAUACGUUACGUAGAGAUGAAUGCAUCAGUUGAAGGAAUCAGGUCAAGGUAUCAGAUCGUCUUUGAUUUACCAUUUAACUCAGUGCGUCGUUUUCAAUUGACUGUUGCGAAGUGCCUUGCUGAACCACAGUUACCGUACGCGCUUGAAACAGCAACCGAAGAGCAGUCGAUCUUCUGCGUAAUGGUCAAAGGAGCACCUGAAGUUGUUCUUCAUAUGUGCAAAUAUAUACAGAUCAAUGAGGAGCUUCUCGAAGUAAACGAUGAAUUGAUUUAUGAAUGUCAGGUAGCUUGGGAACACUAUGGAAAUGAAGGAAGGCGUGUGAUUGGCUUCGCAUGGAAGCAUUUUGUUGCCGAAACGAAUAAACGUUUCAGUACGAUUGACGAUGGACAACCGCAGACUGAACUUAUCUUCCUUGGCAUGGCAGCUAUCAUGGAUCCACCUAGAGACGAUGCAGCGAUGGCCAUUAAACAGUGCAAAGAUGCCGGCGUGAAAGUCUACAUGAUCACAGGCGACCAUCCGACUACCGCUGUAGCAAUCGCGCGUCAGAUUGGUUUAAUCGGUUUCGGUCCAAGUGAUCAGCGGAUAACCGUUGCCAGUGGUGGUCGUCAAGCGUUGAAGUUGAGUGUUGUUGAGGGUCGCGAAAUAAAUUGGGCGAUUGCAAGUGGAGAAGAUUUGGCGACGAUGAGUGUUGAACAGUGGAAUGCGCUAUUAGCGCAUAAGUACAUCGUGUUUGCGAGUCAUUCUGUAUUGGAUAUAUUCUAA